GAUGGAAAAUAGUUUUUCUACUUUCGAAUCUGUUGAAUAUCCUCCUGUGGUCGUGGCCUCGGCGGCGCUACUGGUUCCGGUGCGGCGGCGUUAGUGGCUUCGACGGCGGUUCGACGGCGGCAUUGAAGCUGACCACCACUACCACCACUGUUUCGGAAUCAACAAAACAGACAAUUUUCUAGUUUUUGCCUUUCUCUCUGAUCUAGAAACCCUUUUUGUUUUCUCCGAGACAUUGGAAGUGGCUAAAAAAAUUAAGAAUUGUUUAAUUCCGAUUCGGAUUUCAAAUUUUUCGUAGUUUUUUCUUCGGCUACUUCGCCAUUCAACAAUUGGUGCUUCAAUCUUCUCGCAUUUUGAUUUUUGAUUGCUUUGUUUUGUUCUGUUCUGUUCUGUUCUUCGGAGACAGUGGAACGUGCGAGGUUUCGUUUCACUGUUACGCAUUGGAUCUGAAAAUCCUUGAAGAUUUCUGGCAAAUUUCUUGACAUUUUCUUCUGAUCUCCGACGAAUCGUCUGACCACCGCAAUAAUUGAGGAAGUCAACAUAUCGAUCGAGCGGUUCUUUCUUUUUUGUAGACAUAAAGCCUUAAUCUAUAAGGGAGAUGCGAGAGGGUUCUAAGAAUAAGUUGAGAAGGACAUCUGAGAAGAAGUGUUUGCAUGGUCAUGGAAGAUCACAUAUAGCCCCUGAAAUUUCAUCAUCUCCACUUGAAUUGGUUGAAAGGAACAGUUGGGAGAAUUUUCCUUCUGAGUUGCUCCUUGAUAUAAUUCAGCGGCUAGAAGCUACCCAGACCUUGUGGCCCGCCAGGAGAGAUGUGGUUGCUUGUGCUUCAGUUUGCAGGUCUUGGAGGGAGACAACAAAAGAGGUUGUAAGAACUCCGGAGCAACGUGGGUUGAUUACUUUCCCCAUCUCACUGAAGCAGCCAGGACCAAGAGAUUCUCUAAUCCAAUGCUUUAUAAAAAGGGAUAGGGUCACAUCAACGUAUAGUUUGUACCUCGGCUUGAGUCCAGCACUAUCAGAGGAUGUCAGCAAACUGUUGUUGGCAGCAAAAAAGAUCAGAAAGGCAACAAGUACAGAUUUUCGGAUAUCCCUGGCAACAAAUGAUUUCUCUCAAUCUAAUCAUGCAUAUAUUGGGAAAUUGAGGUCGAACUUUCUUGGUUCCAAGUUCUCUAUUUAUGAUAGCCAGCGUCCGUGUGACCAUGCAAUCCGAUCCAAUGGUCAGUCACAUCGAAAACGCAAUUACAACGUGGCUACCAUAUCUUAUGAGCUCAAUGUUCUUCGAACCAAAGGACCAAGGAAAAUGUUGUGCACCAUGAACUCAAUCCCCACCUCUGCAGUUCAGGGAGGGGGCAUUGCCCCAACUGUAGCAACAUUUGGGAAUUUCCUUAAUGAGCAAUGCUCUCCUUUAUCAGUUUCUAAAGGGAAAAACCUUGUUAAAUUUGGCUCAAAUAGUCUUACUGAACCACUUGAGCCAGUUCAUGACACAAGAGAUCCGCUGAUUUUGAAAAAUAAAGCUCCUAGAUGGCAUGAGCAGUUGCAGUGUUGGUGCCUUAAUUUCAAAGGACGUGUCACAGUCGCCUCUGUUAAGAACUUUCAACUGGUGGCAGCUAUUGAGCCAUGCCAAAAUGUUCCAGCCGCUGAACAAGAGAAAGUAAUGCUACAGUUUGGAAAGAUAGGAAAAGACAUUUUUACCAUGGAUUAUCGUUACCCUCUCUCUGCCUUCCAAGCCUUUGCAAUCUGUUUAAGCAGCUUUGACACCAAACCGGUUUGUGAAUAGCCUUAUUAUCAAAUUCCGAUUGUGUGCCAUGCUCAUGCUUUACUUUUGUAUAAGAUGGUUCUAUAUAUUUUCUUCAAAGGAGCUCGUUUUAGUUUUUAUCCUUUUCUAUCAGUGCCUUUUAAGUGCAGGCAUCAGUUUAUGUCAUGGCAGUGAGCCAUAUAAUGUAUUUUAAUUUGCAAAUCUGUUUAAUUUGCAGAAUGACAAUUAUGCAACAUUUCUCUAGAGUUUGUAACUGCGACACUUUUUUCACGUGCAAUUUUGAAGGAAUUCAAUUUUUUAGUCACAAAGGGAUUUUGCGCUAGUAUAUUUGAUAUUGACUAAAAUGGAAGUUCUAUAGAACCGGUAUUAGACUGGCGAUGUUGUAUGGGUCGGAGGGCAACUGAGAAACAACAUGUAGAUAAGAUAAGUGUUGCUGAGAUGAGAAUGCUAAAAUAGAUGUGUGGUAAGACUAGAAAAGAUACAAUUAAGAAUGAGUAUAUUUGAGAAUGGGUAGAAGUAGUACUGAUAGAAGAUAAGUUGAGAGAGAAUAGAUUGAGAUGAUUUGGUCAUAUACAACGAAGUCCAACAGAGGCAGUAGUGAAGAUAUGUGAUAUAGUGACGGUAGAUGGAAGUGUUAGGAGAAGGAGCAGACCUAAAUUGAUGUGAGCUAGUUUAGUAAAUAGAGAUAUG